GCGGCUCAACUCACCUUCCCAGUACUAGAGCAGCUGCACUCAGGGAGCUGGGACUCGCGCGGGUACUCAUACACCUGGAGGAGGGAGACCCCCGGGGCUACAAUGCAACCGAAACAGGUUUUUCUAUGAUGGCUGCGUCAUGAAGCCCCCGAAGUCUGGAUUUUCCGGUAUAUUUCUGAGGAUGGUAUAACCGGCCCGCGGGGGACGCUCUCUCUAUAUAUUUUCUGCGCGCAGAGGUCUUGGUGGCAGCGAUGGCCCAGUCCAAAUCCACCGGCUCGUACUACGCCCUGACCGCCAUCGGCGUGGGGCUGCUGGUCCUCGGCGUGGUGAUGGCCGUGUGGAACUUGGUCCCGGGAUUCGGCAGCAACGGCAACCCGGGAUCUCCCCAGGGCAACAGCAGCCAGCCGGAGAACAACGGGGGCACCAACCUGAAAAGCAAGACUUUCUCGGUGGCGUACGUGCUGGUGGGGUCGGGGAUCGCUCUGCUGCUCAUCGCCAUCUGCCUGAGUAUCCGGAACAAACGCAAGCGGAGGCAAAGCAUGGAGGGCACUCAGAUCGCCCACGAGGAGACGCACGGCCCGCCGGCUAAUGGAGAGGGCCCCGAAGAAGAAACGGACGCUCCCAGGUACACGGCCCCCAGUUACGAAGAGGUGAUGAGGAUCGGGUACGAGCCGUCGCGUUCCACCGAGAUUGACCAACACGAGGGAAUGAGCAUAACCCUCCCUUCCUACGAGUCCUUAACGGAGCUCGAUGAGUCGACGCCAACUCGGCCCAAUGCUGGGUCCGCUAAAUCGGGACAGGCCCCGAGGACGAAUUCCGGGUCGGGGAAAGAGAAAAAACCCUUAAACGUUCGGAGGAUCAAAUCGGAUAAGCUUCACUUAAAGGAGUUUAGGCUUAAUCUAUCUGGUCAGAGCAAUCCGUCCAAGACUCCCGCUAUCGAACCAUUGACUCCACCGCCGCUGUACGAGGACAAGCAACUUGGGUUAAACCAGCCUUCAUAGACCUACCGUACCGGACAUACCGUAUACCAAGUCCGGUGACGACCAGUCAUUGGCCCCCGGUUGUAUGUCGGUUCUAGAAUGCUUGGCCAACCAACUGGUCAUCAUCAUUAACGUCGUAUGACCGGCAAAACACGUUUGCUACAAUGCCGGACAUUGGU